AUGGGCGAAGCGCUGACGCGCCGCGGACGUUUGCGACGCGGUGGGGGGGGGGGGGGGGGGGGGGCAGGUCCUGGGGCUCUUUGGGCCUCGUCGGACAUGCUCUGGGGUCGCGGAACGUUUGCAGUGCAACGCCGCGCGGCGGCGGAGGGGGCGGGCGCGGAGGGCGAGCCGGGGGCGGAGGCGCCGGCGGCGGAGCCCCCCGAGGAGGGCAGCCCCGGCGCGGCGGCCCGCGAGAGGGAGCUGCGCGCGCAGGCCUCCAUCAAGGAGCGCGAGAGGGAGGUGCAGAGGGCGCUCGCCACCAGCCUCAGGGACAGGGACAAGGAGCGCGAGUACCACAAGCGGGAUGAGGCGGUGCAGCACUUCAACGCCCUGCUGGCGGACCUGGUGCGGAACCCGGACCUGACCUGGCGCGAGGCCAAGAAGCAGCUGAAGAAGGACCACCGGUACAAACUGGCCGAGCUACUCACCAAAGACGACAAGGAGCGGCUGUUCGGCGGGCACACGGGGUCGCUGGCGGCGCGGCGGCGCGACAAGCUGCGCGCGCUGCUGGCCGAGAUGGGCGUCUCGUGCACGGCGCGCUGGAAGGACGUGCGCGACCAGCUGCAGCAGCAGCCCGCCGCGCCCGCCUACGCCAGCGCGGCCCAGAUGGAGCGCGAGUUCCGCGACUACCAGCGCGACAAGCAGACGGCCGCCAGGGCGGCGCUGCGCCAGCUGCUGAUGGAGAGCCGCAGCAUCACGCACCGCAGCCUGGCGGCCGUGCGCGAGAGCGGCGCCGCGCUGCAGGCGAUACAGGACUCGCUGCAGCACGACGCCAGGUACACCGCGCUGGAGCACGCGCCCGACGAGCGGCUGCAGUGCAUCAUGGCGUACCUCGAGGAGCUGCACAAGAAGGGCCCGCCUCCGCCGCCCACCGCCAGCGAGCCCUCGCGCCGCACCAAA